AUGCAAGACCUUAACCCCCUCAUCCUGGGCGCCCCUCCCCCACUAGACGCAGCAUGGCAGGCCCACGAAGCCGCCGCGGGCUUGCUUCAGCCCAAGCCGGUACUCUCGGCACUCGAACGCCAGCCCAUCUAUGCGUCCGACUGCCGGGCCCGGAACGCGGCCAUGAUGGCGCUGGGGGCGCGGGACCACGAGCUUUCGCGGGGCGUCCGCGUCAGUUCCCUGACGGUCCCCGGUCUGGAGGACGGGUACGAGAUACCGGUGCUGCGGUAUGAGGCAGAAGAGGAAGACAAGGAAAAGGAACAAGUCAUACUCAUCUACAUCCACGGCGGCGGCCUCCUGGUCGGGGAAGCGGACAGCGAGGAGUUAACAUGUCGGCGACUCGUCAAGUAUUUCCCUCGCCCAUCCUCUUCUCACACUGGUGGCCAGGAGGCUGUCAAGCUCUACUCGAUAGGCUACCGCCUGAUGCCGCAGGUGGCCGCCCAGACGUGUCUCGGCGACGUGACCUCCGCCUUCAAGUCAAUAAGGCAGCUCCAUCCAGCCGCCAGGCUCGUACUGGUCGGCUCCUCGUCCGGCGGAGAGCUCGCGGCGUUCCUGUCGCAGGCCCUGGCACCUGGGUCGCUCUCCGGCAUCCUGCUGCGCUGUCCAGUAACCGCGGACGCACCUGCGCAUGUGCCCAGCGGGUUUGAGGACUGGCAUACGAGUGCGAGCCCGCCGUUCGUCACGUCGUUGCUGGGACUGUUCAACCGCCAGGUGCCUCGGGAUGGGUUCGAAAGAAUGCCGCUCGAGAUUCCCACUGAUGAGGUUGAGGGCCUGGAAAUGGCUCGUACUUGGGUUCAGGUGUGUACAAAUGAUGUUUUAUACUCGGACGGGGUAUGCUAUGCAAAGUUAUUGCAGGAUGCUGGAAUUGAGGUAAAGGUCGACGUCGUCGAAGGGUGGCCGCACACGUUCUGGUUGAAAGCGCCGCAUCUCGAUCGAGCGCUUGAAGCAGAUAACGAAUUGCUGAGAGGUUUGGCCUGGGUGCUCGAACUCUAG